UGCCAAGAUAAUUGGGAAAAUUAUACUUGUGUUGAUCUUGGUGCAUGCCGAUCUCGUCCGUGUAAGAAUAACGCAACAUGUAUACCAUCAAAAUCAUCGACUACCAUGUUUACAUGUAGUUGUUUAACUAAUUUUACCGGUGAAGUAUGCGAAACUGCGCUAGUUUGCCUAUCAUCGCCAUGCUUACAAGGUACAACUUGUCAA